ACUACUACCGUCUACCAGUACAGUACUUGUACACAAACAAGCAGACAAUUGAGACCGAAACGAUCACUAAGGUUUCCGUUUCAAAUAUUUUUGAUCCUCUUCUUCUUCUUCCUUCAAAACCCUAGAAAUCCUCCCAAAUCACUUUUUUCAAAACCCUAAAAAAUCUCAAAUCGAUAAUUCAAAACUCAACCACUGCAAUGAGCCUUCCACCGACAAAACCCUCUCUAUCAUCAACACAAUCACCAGAACAGAUGAACGCGUUCCCCUUCGUCAAAGGCGAAUGCUGCAACUGCGGUAUCAAAGACCGCUGGCUUCUCCACAACGUCGUCGUUCGCGGCGUCGAUCGUCGAAUUUGCACCUCCUGCGUCCUCCGUCUCCACCCAUCAUCUUUUUGCCCUUGUUGCUUCGAAUUCUACGAAAACCCUUAUUCCCUCACUUCCGCUACCUCUGCGCACCGUUUCGUCUCCUGUGUCAAAUGUUCUUCCCUUUCUCAUAUUCAGUGUCUCUCUUCUUCACCUCCUCCGUCUUCCUUCCUCUGCCCUCCUUGCUCUCAACCUAAAUUCACCUUUUUCCCAGUUCCUGAAUUCCCUGUUGAUGAAAAACUUGCCAAGAUUUUCCUCUGUGCCUGUAAGAUCGCUUCUGCUUCCAUGAAAAAACAAGCUGCUGCUUCCACAGUUAGGUCUGAUAGGGCAGUUAAGGAGGCUGCAAUAGCGCGGAAGAAGGCUAAAGAAGCAUUGGAGCAUUGCUUUACGAUUGAAAGGCUCAGGGAUUCGUAUGAUUUAGCUAAUAACAAUGUUGUGUGUAAAAAAGAGGACUUUAAUGAUUUUGGUGGAGGACAAGGACAAGGUCAACCACAGUCCCAGAAUGUUGCUCUCAAUAACAAAAUUGGGUCGAAUGGGAGUUCUGUUGUUGUCAACAAAUUUGGGGCUAAUGGGAAUGAUGGCAGAAUAGGGAAUAAUGGUGGGAGAUUUGGUGCUGCUUUGAAAACAUCAGUUCUUUAACAUUUACUACUGCUUGAUUAAGACUUAGAAAGAUUGACAAGGGCAUGGCUGUUUCUAGAGUUAGUACUGCUGCGAAAUUCUGAGUAAGAAAGUAUACAUUUGACCAUUUUCGUAGUAUACACAUGAUACAUUUCAUGUAUCGAAUCCAUUUCAUUCCCUUGUAAAGCUUCGGAACUGAUGUGAUUAUGCAAUUCUAUUGUACUUUAAGUGCCUUGCUGUAAUUAGGCUUGCGGAUUUUUUUCUUCCUUUUAGUGAGUAUCAGAUGUUAGUUCAUUUUUAACUUCUAUACACCUCUUCAUUUUCUUUCACUAUCAGGUGUCAAAUGUGACUCUGGUUAUCUGGGAUUUUAAUAAUCAUAAUCAUAGUGGUUUUAGCUAUCAUUUUUUUAAUGAAGUGGUUGGAUUUAGGAACA